GCCAUUAAAACCUAUAGGGCCACCGGCCACCAAGGACCAUCGCCGGAAAAAUGCUGCAACGCUCCGCGUCCACCGUUCGAGCAAUAGUUGCCGCCACAUCGCGCCGCUUCUCGGCGGAAGCUGCGGUGACGCCGCCGCCUCCGAAAGAGAAGGCUGUUGCGGCGGCUGGGAGAUCUAAAUCAGGAAGCGGUGGUGCCGUAAAGGAAAACCUGAGGAAGAGUCUAAUUAACUUGGUGUACGCAAAACGGAGCGCCGUCGUGGCAAUUAGGAAAUGGAAAGAAGAAGGCAACAAAGUUCAGAAGUACGAGCUGAAUAGGAUUGUUCGAGAACUCAGAACGCUCAAGCGCUACAAGCACGCUCUCGAGGUUUGCGAAUGGAUGAGACAACAACCCGACAUCAAGCUCGUAGCUGGAGAUUACGCUGUCCAUCUUGAUUUGGUAACUAAAGUUCGAGGUCUGGCUAGUGCUGAGAAGUUCUUUGAAGAUCUUCCUGAAAACAUGAGAGGCCGGCUAGCAUGUACAUCUCUUCUCCAUUCUUAUGUCCGGAAUAAGCUGCCUUCCAAAGCGGAGGCCUUAAUGGAAAAAAUGAAGGAAUGUGAUUUCCUGAAGAGCCCACUUCCUUUCAACCACAUGCUCUCUAUCUACAUUGCAAACAAGCAACUGGAGAAGGUCCCCGAAGUCAUUCAGGAUUUGAAUAAACACACCAAGCCAGACAUUUUCACAUACAACUUGUGGCUGACCGCUUGCUCAGGAGAGGACGAUGCAGAAACAGCAGAAAAAGUUUUUAAGGAGCUAAAGAAGUCGAAGCUGGAUCCUGACUGGGUAACUUAUAGCAUCCUGACCAAUCUCUACAUAAAAAACAAGCUUCACGAACAGGCGUUACCCAUGUUGAAGGAAAUGGAGAAGCAGGCUUCACGCAAAAACCGACUGGUUUACCCAUCUCUCAUCAGUCUGUACACAGGGAUUGGAGAUAGUGAAGCAGUCCAUCGACUAUGGAAGGAGAUGAAAUGGAACUUCCGUAAGAUGAACGAUGCAGAGUACAUCUGUAUGGUCUCUUCUCUCUCCAAACUUGGCGAGCUCGCAGAAGUGGAGAGGGUCUACAAUGAGUGGGAGUCGGUCUCCACAAGCCAUCGACCGGGCGUUCCCAACGUGCUCAUUGCUGCAUAUAUGAACAAGAACCAGCUGGAAGAGGCCAAAGCUAUGCACAAACGGAUGGAGCAAAAGGGGAUACCGCCUUGUUACACAACUUGGGAGCUGCUGACUUGGGUUCAUUUGAAAACAGGGGAGAUUGAGAAAGCACUGGAUUGCUUCAAGAAUGCCGUUGCCAGCGUGCAGAAGUGGAACCCUGAUGCUCGACUGAUUCGUGGGGUGCUGGAUGCUGUUGAGCAGAAGGGUGAUGUUGAAAGAGCAGAGCAGUUUCUGGUCAUGCUUCGUGGUGCUGGGUGCUUGAGUACUGAUGUGUACAAUUCCCUUUUGAGGACUUACGCGCGUGCUGGUAAGAUGCCGCUUGUAGUUGUGGAGCGGAUGAAGAAAGACAAGGUGGAGCUGGAUGAAGGAACGCGCGAGCUCAUUGGGAAGACUCGCGAUCUGCCUGUAAGUGAAGAGAAUUGUCACGUUGUAGCUUAGUUGACCUACCAGCAGCAGUCACUACUGUGGGAGUGGUUGAGCUUUGUUUGUUAUGGUUAGAAACUGAACUACAUAUUGCUUCAUUCCACUAGUUGGCAGGGGCCAGUGGAUCCAAUUCACUAUUAUCCAUUUUUGGAUUCCCCACAGCACAGAGGUUGGGUGUGAUGGUUGUGGAAUUAUCAGAAAUCUCAAAACCACCCAACCAAACCACAUUGGUAGAAGAAGUUAGCAUUGCAGUUGGAACUCAAUCGAUAUGAACAGUGGAGCGAGUCACAGAAUAUCUAUCUAUGUUUUGUUUUCAGGUUGUUGACUAACUUGCUACUUGGAUGAUGACUUUGUUGAUGGAAUUUUAUUUGGUGAAAUGGUAAAUAACUAAUAACAAA